GAGAAGCGCUUCACUUGGAAUACCUCAUCAUCGUCCAAAGCACGCAGAAAAUUGUUCCACAUUGUGAAGCGUGUCCACACUCGGCAAAACCAGUCUAAACGCUUGCUUAGGGUUUUCGUCUGUCUUUUCCUACUCCUCGUCCCCCAGUUUCCCCCAAUUCAAGCUCCUAUAAGAUUCUUCUUCCCAUGAACUCCAAACCCAUAUGAGAUCAUCAACAACCAAGCUCGCCCAGACUGAAAAGAUUGAAACUUUCAUACAGGGCCAUGAGUAUGGAAGCUCGGGUUGGCGUUGUAGAAGGAGGCCAGAGAGCCCUGAACUCAGCUCUGAAUCAGCAACCCAAGCAGUCCCUGAAUCCCCAAUCCCAGAUAGGCGCCGUGAAUCAGCUCUUGGCUGGUGGAAUUGCUGGUGCGUUUAGCAAAACCUGUACCGCACCACUUGCUCGCCUCACCAUCCUCUUUCAGGUGCAAGGAAUGCAUUCUGAUGUUUCAGCAUUGAGUAAGGCGAGCAUAUGGCGAGAGGCUUCACGUAUUGCCAAUGAGGAAGGUUUUAGAGCAUUUUGGAGAGGCAAUCUCGUGACUAUUGCUCAUCGUCUUCCAUAUUCUUCAGUCAGCUUCUAUGCUUAUGAACGCUACAAGAAAUUGUUGCAUUCAAUUAUUGGUGAAGAUCUUGGGGGUAAUGCAACUGCCAAUAUGUGUGUACACUUUCUUGGUGGUGGGAUGGCAGGUAUUACAGCUGCCUCAGCUACGUAUCCACUAGAUCUUGUGAGGACACGUCUAGCAGCUCAGAGAAAUGCACUAUACUACAGAGGCAUCGGGCAUGCAUUUCAUACAAUUUGCAGAGAAGAAGGAUUUUUGGGAUUGUAUAAAGGACUUGGAGCAACUCUGUUGGGUGUUGGACCCAGCAUAGCAAUCAGUUUCUCAGUUUAUGAGGCUUUGAGGUCUUUUUGGCAGUCUGAAAGGCCCAACGAUUCUACAGUCAUGGUGAGUCUUGCUUGCGGCAGUCUUUCAGGCAUUGCCUCAUCAACAGCAACAUUCCCUCUAGAUCUGGUGAGGCGAAGGAUGCAAUUGGAAGGGGCUGGCGGUCGUGCCCGUGUCUAUAACACUGGCUUAUUAGGAACUUUUAGGCACAUAAUCCAGAACGAAGGCCUGCUGGGCUUGUAUAGAGGAAUUCUGCCAGAAUAUUACAAGGUUGUUCCCAGUGUAGGCAUUGUGUUCAUGACGUACGAGACAUUGAAAAUGCUUCUGUCACGCAUGCAGACAAGUGACUAGUUGCCUCUAAACCUUUUGUUAUCCACCAUCUGUUGUGCCAUGGAAUGAGUUUAGUUUUCUGGUAGUAGGUUGAAGACAAAUGAUAGAUAGAAGACUGGGUUUUUUGGUAGUUGAGAAAUUUGAUGGUGGUAAAUUUUGCGGUUGCUGCUAUAAGACCAUAUUUUCCUUGUAUAGGUAGUUAGCUGCUUGAGUCGUAUCAUGUUUCCCCUUUUAAAUAUUAGGUAGUAACCUUUAUAAGUAUUCACAGGUGACAUCAUACCAUCAUAACAAUUUUGUUGUUGCAGGUCCUUUGUUAUUUUCUAGUUUUUAUUUCUAAUUUAUUUUGUUUUGUAGACAUCAACGUAUUGUUUGCGGAAUGACAUCUUAUAGUUAUGAAAUUUGAUGAGUAUCAUAUUGAUGCUAUUUUGGAAAAGCGAUGUAAAAAAACAAAGAGAAGUUUAUAUAUUUAUACCUGGAAUUGCCAGGGAUUUCCUCCUCA